UCUUUAAAUUUUGUUUUUGACUUUGCGUGUUUAGACAGGUGUUAUUUAUAUUAUGGACACGUUUUUAUUUAAAGUGAGCUAGAUAAAAUAAAUAAAUCAUAAUGCAAAAUUAAUUUAUCCUUACCUAUAAAAGGUUAUGUUCACAAGAUUAAAAGACUACAUGAACACUAAUGAAAAUACGCACCAAAGAUCUCAGUUCAUAAUUCCCUAUUCACCAAAGGUUUUGUGAUAGCUAUGUUGGUUUAUAUUUAAUAGCAAAAAUGUGGACAAUAAUAAUAAUAUGUAUUAUUUCGCUAAUAGCUUAUUUUGUAACUGAUGAGUUAAUACCGAAACUUAAAGAUUUAUUUAUAAAAGCCGGCUUAUAUGGUGUAGAUUUAUGUAAAGUGUCAAAAGAUAAAAUUCCAGAAGCUAUUGGAGUUGUAUCUGGAUGUGUAUUUUUAGUAACUAACUUCUUGUUUAUACCUGUAGUGUUUGGAAAUAGUCUCAUAGACACAAGGAAUUUUCCCCAUAAUGAGUUUGCAGAGUUGUUAGCAGGUCUAUUAUCAAUAUGCUGCAUGCUUUUACUUGGGUUUGCGGAUGAUGUAUUGGAUUUAAGAUGGAGAUACAAACUUUUAUUACCAACAGUGGCUUCACUACCCCUGUUAGUUGUUUAUUAUGUCAACUUCAACUCAACAACAAUUAUUGUGCCUAUACCUUUAAGAGAUUAUUUAGGGCCUUCUAUAAAUAUAGGAUUUCUUUAUUAUAUAUACAUGGGGAUGUUAGCAGUAUUUUGUACAAAUGCAAUAAAUAUAUUGGCUGGCAUCAAUGGCCUUGAAGUUGGGCAGUCUGUUGUCAUUGCUGCUUCAAUAAUCAUAUUUGAUUUCAUGGAGUUAAGAGGAGAACAGUACAAAGCCCAUACAUUUUCAUUGCAUCUGAUGAUUCCUUAUCUAGCAACAACACUGGCCUUGUUGAAACAUAAUUGGUACCCGUCAAGAGUAUUUAUUGGAGAUACAUUUUGUUAUGUUUCUGGAAUGACAUUUGCCGUUGUUGGUAUCCUAGGACAUUUCAGUAAAACUGUCCUUUUAUUUUUUAUACCCCAAAUAUUUAAUUUCAUAUAUUCUACUCCACAACUUUUUCACAUUAUACCAUGUCCAAGGCAUCGCUUACCUAAAUACAGUGCAGAGACUGAUUUAGUUCAAGCAAGUAGAACUGUGAUAGCAAAGAAAGAUUUGCAUUUAGUGAAUGGUGUUAUUCUAAAAACGUUUACAUUACUACACCUAAUCGAAAGAGUUGAAGAUGAAGAAUAUAUUACUAUUAAUAAUUUAACUAUAAUCAAUUUAUUUUUAAUUAAAUUGGGACCAAUGCCUGAAAAAAGACUUACUUCAAGUCUGUUGAUAUUCCAAAUCUUCUGUUCGUGUUUAGCUUUUAUAAUAAGAUAUCCUAUGGCAUCAUAUUUCUAUAAUAAUAUUUGACAGUUUUUGAUAAAAUGAGACUGUGAUACUCUGAGAGGUCAUAAUUUUAAAUUCAUAUUAAACUACAUAUAAGUGUAGCUUAGCUGUACUGAAAACAUAGUAUAUUUCAAAAUUAAAAUGAAAAAUUAUUUAUGAAAAAGUAUUCAAUUAAAAAAAUAUAUAUAUUUAUU